UUUGGCUCGAUGAGCCCUAGCUAUGGCGUUGGCGCCUCUCGAUUGCCCGUGCUGGCGUCGGCUGUGCCAUCGCUCUGGAUGGCGGCGCCGAUUUCCCAGCGCGCUCUCCGAAUCGGGGAGAAGAUUAGGCCUGGGGAGCGAAUUGUCAUGAUUUUCAUUCGCGGAUCCAGGAGAUUUCAACUCGCUCCAGCAAAGCCUCGCAAGGUGGAGCACGAAUUUUACGAAGAUGAUGACUACGAUAGAGAUUUUUCUAUGGACGGCGACAGUAUGGUUCUUCUCGUCCAGCUUGUCCGCACGAUUCUCAGGAAACUAUCCUCGCGGGCUACCAAGGCGGCGAGAGGAAUGCUGCCACCAAUUUUCACAUCGGAUUUGAUAUCGUUUUUUGUAAAUGGUGCGGUGUUGCUGACGGUGUUCUGGGUGGCAAAAGCGCUUCUCGAAGUGGUGUGCUCCAUGGGGAGUAUGAUGUUCAUAGGAUUGUUACUCGUUCGCAGCGUGUGGUCGAUCCUCUCGUACUUGCAGUCGCAAAGAUACUCGGGUAGUUUCAGGAAUGGCAACGAUCGCAGUAAUAGUAAUCGACGCAACAUGCGAGGAGGAGGAGGAGGAGGAGACGAUUUUGACGAUCAUCACUACCGAGUUUCGCCCUCCUAGGACUUUAGUAGAGCAUCGGUACUGCCGAAAGGGGAUAUAUAGGUGGUGGUUUUGGUGGCUCAUUCUUUCGACAGUGAAAGAGAGAUCUUUGGUGGUGGUGGCCUAGUGCUGGUUGGCACUAUCAUCGCAGCGCAGCGCAAGCAGAGCAAAGAGACGACGAUUUCAAAGGAAUCGAGAGAGACGGCACCGAAAGUGUAAAGAAGCGAAAGCCAUCAGCGGGGUCGUUUGUUGGAUCCAUCAAUCAAUCAAAAUCGUUGACGACGCACCAGGAAACGAACGAAAAGAAUUUCUUCGCGCGAGUGUCUUUCCAGCUCGCUCUCCUCUGUGAGGGCGCCCUUUCGUUUUUAAGUGGAGCCAACAAACACAUGCUCUACUACUACGUCAAAUCUUCCAAAGGUACAAGCAAUUUGAUAUAUUCUUACACAUGUUUAUAAUAUACACAAAAGUCUCCAGGCA